UGGCUGAACAUUUUUCUCUUGUCAAUUUCAUGAUUUCAUUGAACCCGCGAUUGACAUUUCUGCAGAAUUGAAUUUAAAGCGGGAGAUUCAAACCUUCCUGGUGGUCUGGCCUCAUGUCUUAUUUUAGUUUUGACGACAUUUUGGCCUCCCAAGAGCGCUUGCCUCUGAAAACGUUGGCCUCCGUGACCGGAUGUGCAUUCCUGGCCCCUUCCAUCUCCCAACACGCCCAUUCCGAUGAUGAAGACGACAAUGGUGAGGGCGUGACGAACCCCAGUAGUGACAGUUCUCGUGCCCCGGAUGAUUUGAGGGCCGGCGUUAAGAUGGAGCUGCCUUUCUGGAUGACCUUGAGUUUAUUGAGGGCCAAGGUGGCGAUUGAUGUGGGCGUGCCUCCCAUAUUCACUUUGGAGCGCCGACCCAUCUUGAGGGCGGAUCCGGUGAGCUUGAAUCUGCCCAAAGUGGGUCCCAAACACUUUUAUCGUGUGGGUGCCAAGUUACUCAGGUUCAAACAUUCGCAUUUGGGCCAAGGGGAUGACCAUCUUGGGUCAGUGUUGGUUGACAUGAUCAUGAAACGCUUCCGAUACAUCCUGGACAGUUCCCAACAUUGUCAAAUGAAUGCCAGUGGAAAAGAAACGGACAUCCUGGAUGUGAUCGAAAAAGAGUUGUUCCAAGUGGGCAAACAAUCCCGAAAACAAAUUGAAGAUUGGCUUUUCCGGAGAACACACAAGAUGGACAUGGCUGACUUGGUCUACAAGAACAACAGGAAACGAAAAGCUCACGAAAUUUGACAGCAUAUCUGACGCCAAGAUCAGGUUGCUUUGCUCCUCUCAAUGACCAAACCUUUUGUAGCAAUCAAUACAUCCUUCAUGCACACAAAUCAUAUCAAGUUA